UCCUAAGCGUUCAUAACGCUAAAUUGUGUUUGCAUCACAAAGGUCAAACAAUUCUAUAGACGUGAUUUCUGUUAGCACAAACAUUUAAAAACGGCAUUUGCUGCUAACAAAGGAGCGACACACAUGUAGCAAACUAAUAAAUGCUCGUUAGUUUAACCUUAAUUUAUCACAGGAACAAACGUGACAGAUUACAUAAACGACCACACUGCUCCGCCAAUCAGCGCUGCUGCUGGGCGUCAGAAGAAAGGACUCUUUGUAUAUUUGGCUUCCAGCGGUUUGCUGCAUUCUGGAUGAACAAAGGGACAAAUUAACAGUCACAGCUGACCGUUUGUUUGGCGUGUCUCAGAAACAGCGUCGAGCUGAGGACAAUAAAAGUUUCAGACAAGAAGAGACGGUGGAAAAGAACCAUAGGCAAACCCAGACCAUGGCUGCAGUUCAGUACCCAGAGCGCACCCUCUUGGACUCACUCCACUGGGAUGAAACCGAAUGCCUAAACUAUUACGGGAUGCUCUCUCUCCAUGAGAUGUUUGAAGUAGUUGGCUCUCAGCUAACAGAAGCGGACAUUGAAGUUCUGUCUUUCCUUUUGAAUGAAACCUACCCUUCACCACACCCUCUUGACCCGGCAGGCUGGACAGUUGAACCCGCUGAAGACAAUCCAGAGGACUCGGGUGUAGCUCCAAGUCCACAACUGUUGAGAGCAUGGAGGCGGUUAAAGCACAACGGCUCACAGCAGCCCUUAGAGGACUUUAAGCCUAAAAGUGGUCUUGAGUUGUUGCUCGAGCUUGAGAAGAGGGGAUACCUCAGUGAUGGUAACCUGGAGCCACUGCUGCAACUUUUAAGAGUGCUUACCCGACACGAUCUUCUGCCAUUUGUGUCCCAUAAGAGGAGGAGGACAGUCUCUCCAGAGAGAAUUGGACAGAGGUAUGAACUAGAUAAAACAGAACUGGUGUUCGGAUUACAGCAUAGCUGCAGACAGGCAGAUAUGCCACUUCCAUCCUUCACACAACAGUUAACAACCGAUAUUUACCCUCCUGCAGCUGGGUCAUCUGCAAGGACACGGAGGAAGAAGAGAGGACAUGGCUGGAGCCGUAAGCCCAAGAAAGCAACCAGACAGGUCCAGCCACUGCCUCUCCCACCAGCACCUCAGAAAAUCUCAUGCGAUAUUCGCCUACGCGUACGGGCAGAGUACCUGGAGCACGAGUCGGCACUACGUGAGGGCGUCUCCUCAGACAAGCGUCAGCCACUGGAGCGGCAGUUCGAGCUGUUCAGCCGAGCCAACUCGCUGCUGCGCGCCAGAGACCUGGGCUCCAUCGUCUGCGACAUCAAGUUCACAGAGCUCGACAACCUCGAGGCCUUCUGGGCCGACUACCUGAGCGGGGCUCUGCUGGAGGCCCUCAAGGGGGUCUUCAUCACGGACUCCCUGAGGACGGCUGCAGGCUCGGAGGGCGUCCGCCUGCUGAUCAGCGUGGACCAGGAUGACUACGAGGAGGGCCGAAGGCUGCUGAGAGCCAGGAAAAUGAUGCCUUCUUGUAAUGGUGGGCGCACACAGACUUGCUAAUCCUUGGGAUCAUAUGAGACCCUUUUGGCUGUGUUACAUGAAGCUUGAAGGAAAGGGUAGCUGGGACUAUAUCUGAAGGUAGAUGGCACUUUAAAGGCCUUCUUUUGCAGUUGACGUGACAACCACUAGAUGGCAGAAGUAACCACCGGCUGUUUUUGUUCAUAACAUGCCUUUCAGUUUUCAGAACCAUCUAAGUUAGAACAUCAACAUUUAUGACUGAAGCAGGAAUAAUUAUCGUUUAGUCUGUGUUAAAUUAAAAUGUAUGUACAGGUGCAACAUCCUUAAACACCAGGAUGAAACUGGAUAGAAGAAGAAUUUUCUAAUGACGUACUAAUCCUCGGCCUCCUGAUCAGUUUUUUUUUUUUUUGUAGAUUUAUUCAAGUCGCAUACUAAUAAAAAAGAAAACGGACUGAAUUGACCACCUGAUUCGAUGUCAAAACAAAUUUAUUUUCUUCUAUGCAUUGGAUUUCCUUGGUUCUGGAAAGUCUCCACUAUUAAAACUAAUUGUCCUCAUUUUCUUUGAAUGUUAAAAAAAAAUGAAAUAAGGGAUUGAGUGAUUACCAUAUUUCAAACUGUUAAAGCUAAAAAAAAAAAAAAAAAAAAGAAAACAUUUCUGAAUCUAUAAGUAACAUUGAACAAAAUAGGAAGAAUGUGCUGCUUUUACCACAGUUUGACUUCUCCAUUGAACUUUGAAGAGCCCAGCUGACACAGGAGGGACUAGAUAAAACUGGGAUUCUCUGCCCCGUGCACCACGAUAACCCACCGUAUGAUUGCUGUGGUCGGUGGAUACUUUAGUCAUCAGCAGAUGACAGCACUGAUUAGGAACAGGUCUCAACAGACCAUGGAAGAUUCAUCAUCUCAAGCUUGUCAAGAGCAGUCCUGAUAAUGCGAUGGUGGCUUGUGCCUGGGCUUCCUGCUAGGCCUCAGCAAAAGCUUCUCUCAGCAAGUAAAGCACAGGACAGUGCGUCAGUCAAUAGAAGUGAUGUUGGAGAGAUCAAAAUCAAAGGUGCACAUCCCAGCUCCACUCAGCCCUGCGAUGUUGGCCCAGUAGAGUGGCUCAUGGACAGCUGUCUACUCGCCCUGCUGGAACUAAUGCCUGGACUUCACUCAUAGAAGACGAUCAAUAAGGCCUCUCACUCUUAAGUCCCUUCACACUGGCACGACUUAAGCAGACAGACACUGUCUGAAGUAAAAGUGCAGGGCCGAGCAGAGACCAGCGAGAGGACAAUGAACAGAUUUCCAUGUUUACUUUGUGUGUUUUUGGUAAAGGAAACGAUGUAUGUUUGUAUUGUUCACUAAUUCAGGGGAACAUUCGUUUUUCUUUUGAAAGAUAAUUCUUUUUUGGUGGAAAUCUUUAUAUAUUGGAUGUUUUUUCUGGUGAAUAAUAAAAGUUAUGAUGGCCUCA